GAGGAAGACGAUCCGGUUACAAAAUUUCCGCGUCGCCGUCGUCUUCCUCCCAGGCCUUCUUCCCCACUCUACCGGUUGCGUUGAUUGCGCUGACGCCGACCGAUUUCCGCCGAGCUGCCGCCGUGCCCUCCAGCCCAGAUCCCCGCCGUCCACGCGCGGUGCGUCGCCGCCAUCGCCAUCCCCGUCCCCGUCCAGCCUCCGGCAUUGCUUCCCUCCUGUCCCAACCCCGUCCGCAGUUUCUCUGAGCUCAGAACGGCGAACAUGCGCGGAACAGAAGAUACGGUGAACCCUCGUCCAUGGCAGCACGGCGGCGUAACAGGGAGCAAUCUGCAGCUCAAACCAUUGAGGGUUCUGGCCUUCAGAGCCCUAUCAGACUGCGUACGGCGCCAAGCGUUCCAUCGGGAGCAGAUAGCCUACGGUGGCCGGUUCCAGCUGCUGAGCGUUCUGCUCUGCGCAGCGGUCCGUGCCGAGGGGGCGGCGAGCAAUCGCUCUAAACUGUGUGGCAGGAUCCUCAUCUGUGGAGUUCUGUCCGACUACAUCCACCACGGACCGAUCGACCGUAGGAAGGAACCGGUGAUCCAUGGGUUUGAACCGCUCAACAUCCUGGCUUUCAGAGCUAUAUUGGACCACAUACAGCGUAGAGUGUUCCAUCGGGAGCCGGUACAGAACGGCAACUUCCAGCUGCUGAGUGUUCUGCUCUGCUCAGCGAUCCGCGCAGCGCAUGAUGAUCGAUUUAAGCUGUGCUGCAUUCUAACUUGUGGAGCUGUGUCCGACUACAUCUGUCACGAAGCUAUCAACCGGAGGAAGGAACCAGCGAUUGAUCUGCUUAGAGACCUUCCGGAGGGCGUGCUAUGCACGAUUUUAUCGAAGCUGCCUCUGGAUGAAGCUGUAAGAACUAGUGCUGUGUCAAGGAAUUGGAGAAACCUGUGGACACUCUGUCCUAAACUGAGUUUCGAUGGAAGUAUGAUGUGUGGCAAGAACAAUUAUCCUGAAAGAGUACACGUUCUGAUGUUCAUUCGCAACGUUAACAGGGUCUUGGCACAGUGCUGUGGCAAGCUGGUUCAAGAGCUUGCAGUCAAAAUUAAUUUCAACUGGACGCUGGUUGAGCAUCUCAAUAAUUGGGUCAGUUUUUCUGUAUCAUCGCAUACAAAGGCACUUGUUUUUGAUUUAGCACCGGAAGGUCGCCAGCCUACAGGUCCUUAUGAUGAUCGGUACAAAUUCCCAUUUGAGCUCCUUGACAAGGACAGUAUACACCGUCUGCAGAAAAUUCAUCUUAGCUAUGUAGAAUUCCACCCACCAAUGCUAUUUAGUGGUUUCCCCAACCUACGGAAGCUUGACCUGAAUUUAGUGAAUGUCAAUGGGGAGGAUAUUGCACACAUGUUGUCAAACUGCUGUAACCUGGAGUGGCUCAGUAUUGUUAGAUGCCAUCUCAAUGGUGAACUAGAGGUUAAAGGUCCACUGCCUCAUCUGCUAUACUUGAAAAUUGCGUCCUGCGAGAGGAAUACAAAUAUAGCAUUCCAUGCUGUGAACCUUGCAACUUUCGAAUACAGAGGAAUGGCAGUGCCUAUCGACCUCGGUAAUUCAUCGGAACUGGAAUGUGCAGACAUAUGCUAUUUUGGAGAUACUCUUGAGCGCACUAUUAGUGUACUUGCUAAUGUUCUUACAAAUGUGCAACGCCUGACCCUCACUGCAAGCUGUAAACGACCAGAGAUUCCCUGCUUGAUGCCUUACCAAUGCAAGUUUUCUCGGAUGAAGUAUUUACAACUGAGGCUGGUCUGUGUCAAAGAAUUCCACAGCUUAUCUUUGGUCCAUUUUCUGUGGUCUGCUCCUUUUGUUGAGAAGUUAGAGCUGCACUUUUUUACUGAUUAUGUGCAUCUGGUACAAGAAUCUAAACCUAUCAGCAAGCUUCCGGAGUGUUUGUUCAACAACAUGAAGAGCAUGCAUAUUACAGGAUUUAAAUCGUUCAAUGACCAAGUUGAAUUCCUUUUGCACAUGUUGGAAAAUGCCCCAGCAUUGGAGGUUUUAAGUAUAGAUCAUUUAGAUAAAUAUCCUCUAGAAGGCCAUGAAAAAGACGCAAAAUCAGUUAACUUUGUCCCUACAACUGCUAGAAGGUAUCUUGAAGGAAAGAUUCCACCCAAGUGCACCUUGAUAUUACUUUAAGAGAUUUGUUGGUGAGUGUAUAGCUAGCCAGGGAUGAAAUGCAGUCAUCCUGAAAUAUGUCUUCACGGGUUAGUACUAUGUAAACUUGUGCUUUUUGACUUGUUUUGCACAUUCCAUGUUAUUGAUUGAAAUAUGGAACAUACUCCCUCAGCAUUAA